CCCGUAUCCGUCAGCUCACCCCGCCGCCGUGAGGUUCAGACACUCAAAUCAAACGUGACGGAAGCCCGCGCGGUCCACACUGAAGCGAAGGGAGCCUACAGAAAGCAGUGUGACGUUAGCUGGUCUGUUAUCCCCCGCGUGUUCAGCUUCAUGUGACCCUUCUCCGACUGCUCAGGGUGCGUUAGUUUUGCUUUUCUAACUCCGCCCCGCUGCCUCUGUGUGUCUGCUCUCAGAACAGGCGGGCGGCUACAGUGUUAGCAUGAGUGAAAGCCAACGUUAGCUCUGCUCUCUGAGGUGGGCCGUCAGCAGAGGCGGGCGGUGUUAGCAGGCUCUGCUCUGUGAGGUGGCUUCGGGACCAGAUGUCGGACCGUGGCGGACUCAGGUGGACCGUGGUGGUCCUCACCUGUCAGCACAAAGACAGCGUGUACUCCUUCCAGAGAGAGCUGGAGUUGCGGCAGCAGCGUGGCUCUCUCUCUCAGGGUGCAUUGGUUUUGACUGUGCGGGACCGGCAGGAGCCGCUGGGCAGCGGGGGGGCGACGCUGAAUGCUCUGCUGGUUGCAGCUGAACACCUGAGCAGCAGAGCCGGACACACGGUGGUGACAGCUGACGUCUUGGAUGAUGCUCAUGUCCUCAUCCUGCACACGGGCCGUGAUUUCCCCUGGAGCUCCUGCAGCCGAGCGUUCUGCUGGCUGCCCCGAGAAAAGCCCGACCAAAGAGUCCAAGCUCCGGUCUGCUGUCUGGACCUGCUUCUGGACUGCCUCAGUAACCAGGUCUGUGCUGGUUCUCCUCCCGGGGUUUGGGUCUGCAGCACCGACAUGAUCCUCACCAUCCCUCCUGACUUUGGUUUGUCCUGGGAGGGUUUCACUGGUGUCCGGGUGUUGGCGUUACCGGGAGACAUCUUCUACGCAGCCAAUCACGGCGUCUACCUGUCCGACCACCAGGGUCGAGUCAGGGACAUCAUCUACAGGGGAACGCAGGAGCAGAUUCAACAAGCAGUGAUGCCUGAUGGGAAAGUGCCGCUGGUGUCCGGCCCGGUCUUCUUCAGCAGGGCUGUGUCAGAGAAGUUGCUGCAGACUCACGUCACUCCUCCUCUGGACGGCUGCACCUACCUGGGCCUGGACUCUGGAGCUCCGCCCCUCCAGAUCUCUUUGUUCCUGGACGUGUUGAAGUGUCUCUGCUCGGAUCUGACUCAGGAUCAGUUUGUGAGCGAGGACAGAGCCGGCUGCAGUUCUGCUGUCGGACCGCAGGGGGCGGCGGUGAGGAGCGGCAGGACGGAGCUGUGGAGGAUCCUGAGAGGAACUCCGCUCACACUGGUGUACGUCCCUGGCGGACGCUAUGACUACCUGACUCUUUCUGGGAAGCAGCAUGUGGAGCGUCUGACCUGUGAUUGGACAGAUGGAAACACGCUGUCUCACGUCCAGAGAGACGGCGGCGUGGAUAAAGGGGCUCGAGUGAUCAACAGCGUCCUGGAGGGAGACGUGGCCGUGGCGCCCGGAGCGGUGGUGCAGCACUGCCACCUGCAGGGUCCUCUGGUGGUCCCGUCGGGGUGCUUGCUGACGGGUCUCGAGUUGAUGACAUCACAGUGGAUCAGGCAGCUGGAGCUGGCCAGUGACAUCAUCAUCCAGGGACAUCGCAUCGAGCUGGGGCAGCUGAAGCUGAGCGUGUACACGGUGACGGGAGCGCAGGACGACCUGGAGGUCUCCUCUGAGGACAGCAGCGCCUCUUUCCUGAACCAGAGAUGGAGCCUCCUCUACAGCCGGACAGGAAUCCAGCCGGAGGAGUUGUGGGUCCGAGGACAACAGCGCUCCCUCCUUGAGGCUCGUCUCUUCCCGGUCCUCCACCCCAGAGGCGGAGCUGUGAGUCUGGAGGGAGGUGUCGGCUGGCUGUUGGGGGGCGGCGGCUGCCUGCGGAGGUGGAGGGAAGCGUGGAGGCUCUCUCUGAAGGAGGUGAUGUCCCUCACCCACCAGGAGGCGGAGCUGCAGUGGAGGGAGGAGCUACUGUUCCUGGCAGGGAGGAGGAGAGUGGCUGACUCCCUGAGGAGGCGCUCAGACGUCUGCAUGCUGCCCAGCUUCAGGGCCGCCGUGCUGGGGGGCCGGCAGGAGGCGCUGCUGGAGGCGCUGGACGGCAUCGCAGCAGGAAGCGGGCAGCAGGGGGCGGAGUCAGGCGCAGAGCUGGGCGUGGCCGCUCGCUGUCUCUCCUGCAUUGCAGACGUGUUGGUGUGCAUGGCGGGGGGGAGGGGUGGGCUGAGGAGCGGACCGGCCGCUAACGAGGCCUGGAGCUCCGCCUACUUGCUGUUAGAGGAGGGUGACCUGAGGGGCGGAGUCUGUGCCCUGGCCACACAGAGGGAGCGCUGGCUCAGCAGGCCGGACCUGCUGGUUCGGGCGGCUCGGCACUAUGAGGGCGCCGGCCAGGUGCUUCUACGACAAGCUGUGAUGUCAUCGCAGAGGUUCAUCUCCAUUGGCCAGGGCGAGGUCCCGCCCCUUGACGAGUGGCAGGAAGUGGAGUGUCCGGCCAGACUGGACUUGGCAGGCGGGUGGAGCGACACUCCGCCCAUCGCCUUCGAGCACGGCGGCUCUGUGACCAAUGUCGCGGUGAAGGUCGACGGGAAGCGUCCCAUGGGUGCCAGGGCCCGUCGCAUCAGAGAGCCUCGCCUCCUGCUGGUCAGCCACACCGGAGGGCGGGACAGCACGGUUUCCACGGAGACAGUGUGCGACAGCCUGGAUGAUCUGAGGGACCACCGCCAGCCUCACGCGCCUGGAGCCCUGCUGAAGGCAGUGUGUGUGUGCAGCGGCCUGGUGGCGCUCUCCUCCCAGCAUCCUCUGGGGGAUCAGCUGAUGCAGCGGUGGGGAGGAGGGGUGGAGAUCCACAGCUGGUCGCUGCUGCCCACCGGGUCUGGACUGGGUACCAGCAGUAUCCUGGCGGGGGCGCUGUUGGCUGCGGUCUACAGGUGUACCGGUCGAACCUACAACACGGACUCGCUUAUCCACGCCGUCCUCUACCUGGAACAGAUCCUCACCACAGGUGGAGGCUGGCAGGAUCAGGUGGGAGGUCUGGUAGGCGGAGUCAAGGUGGGUCGCUCCAGAGCGUCUCUGCCCCUGCUGGUGGAGGUGGAACGCCUCAGUCCUCCAGAGGACUUCCUGGUUUCUCUGGAGCGGCACCUCCUGCUGGUGUACACCGGGAAAACUCGGCUGGCUCGCAACCUGCUGCAGGAUGUGGUCCGGAGCUGGUACAGCCGUCUGCCCUCGAUGGUCCAGAACGCCCAGCAGCUGGUGUCCAACUCAGAGGACUGUGCUGCAGCCUGUUCAGACGGUUCUCUGAGCAGACUGGGUCUGUGUUUGGACCGCUCCUGGCAGCAGAAGAAGCUGAUGGCCCCUGGAUGUGAACCGGCCUCGGUACGGGCCAUGAUGGAGGCCCUGAGGCCGCUGGUAUUGGGUCAGAGCCUGGCCGGGGCCGGAGGGGGGGGCUUCCUCUACCUGCUGACCCGGGAGCCCCGACAGAAGGAGGCGGUGCUGCAGGUCCUCAACAACACGCCGGGUCUGGGAGACUUCAGUGUUCACUCAGUGGAGCUGGACAUGGACGGGAUCACAGUCCUACCACCGUACUGAGGACACACACACGCAAACUCACACACGUUUGUCUUACUGUCCUACUGUCAUACGGUAAAACAAAAAAACACACAGAUGAUUGAUCUGCAAGGAGGAUGAAGACCUUUAAAUUCGUUCAGCUUUUCCUCACAGCUCUUACAGGUAAAUGUUCAGACCUGAACCUGGUCCUGAUGGAUCUUUAGUGGACCCCCCCCCCCCCACCCGUGUCAAACGGCUCGUCUGAACACUGAUCUUUGUGAUGUCAUCAGUGUGGGAUGGAACCAAAUGAAAACAGCCUGUGAAGAUCUGCUGAUCAAUAACAAACAAAUUCAAACUGUGCUGUUUUUGGAAAUGUGCCGAUCUGAAUGUGAAGGAGUUUGUUUGUGGUUUUUUUAUGAAUUUAUUUUUGAUAAUCGAAGCUGAUACUGAUACUGCUACUGAUCUGAGUUGUGGGUGUAAUAAAGACCCGGGACAUGUUCGGCUGUGGAGUGUAUAAAUAAAAACUAAUAAAUAAAAUGUAUUAUCUUA